UAUACUAUGGUGCUGAAACCUGGUGGCCAGGACGUACUCGCCCUGGGCCUACCCAGACUUCAAACUGAUACUAACAGGCGCAAGAGCAGUCCUUCUAGUUUUCCUCACAACCCCAAUAUCUGUCCUUUACUGGGACCCUCCUUGCAACUAUCCGCCUACGGCGUCUGGAUCCUUACCACCCACUUCAAAGACGCGCGGAACAGCCGAUUUGCCCGCCGCAUACUGGCCCUCCCUAACUCUGAGCAGAUAAACCCUCUCCAAUACGCUCCCUGGCACCCUCGCGAGACGCGUGAGAAUGCUCAAGCUCGAAUAGGAGCUCCCAUGGGACGCAGUAAGGAACAGGCAGCGGCUAAUUUUAUAGCUUUUCAAUGCACCAUCCCUAGCUCUGAUAUUAUAAUCUUUUCAGAUGGAUCUAGACUAGUAGAUGGACGUGCAGGAGGAGGUUACAUUGGAUUUCAAGCACACAAUCAGUUCCUCCGCUCCUCACUCUUAUAUGGACAUGGGAAAGAGGUCUUCGACGCAGAAGCAGAAGCUGCUCUAGCUGGUGCCCAAGCAGCAAUAGCAUACCCAACAGCUCAAUUUGCUACUAACUUAUGGAUCUGCCUUGAUAACUUAGAAGUUGCCACACGCCUUCUAUCUCCCUCUAUUAGAUCUUCUCAAGAAGCCUUUGAAUCCUUCUACACCCUUGCAGCUGGCUGGCCACUAUAUGAAAGGCUUCCACACACUAAAAGUGGAUCAGUCCAAAUCCGAUGGGUCCCUAGACAUACUAAAAUCUCUAAGAAUGAAGCAGCAGAUUCUGCUGCUAAAGAGGGAGCUGCCUCUAUGCCCCCCUCUCCAUGCAAGUUCUCAUAUGCCUCGCUAAAGAGACACGCCAAGACUCAAUCUCUCUCUGCUGCCCAGACACGCGCCCUGAAGAGCUUCAACUUAAUAGACUUAACCUUGGCUAUAUCAUUACAGCCCAUACUGGACAUAGAGACUUCGCAGACUACCAUGAAUGUUUUAAUCAUGAUAAUGCUCAUCUCCUCUGUCGAUAGACGAGCCCCUCAUUCUCCUGGACCUCCUUCUGAGGUCAUAUCCUUCCUUCUAGGCACUGCGAAAGGAGCACAAAAACUAGCUACAUGGCUAGCAGAGACCC